AUGGGUAUUCAAGACACAUCUCCAGAUGACAACUUGUACUUGGAUGAGAACAACCUGUCGGCGGACGAGAGUAGCGGCUCGCACUCUUCGUACAGCAGCCCUGUCACGCGGUCUUCUUCUUCUUCCUCGCAUCGAUUCCCAGUGCACUUAGGGUGGGAGGAAGCGGACAUGGGAAGCAGCACGCCGUUCUCCCUAACGUAUUUCCGGAAGCGGAGUUACCGUUUAGACGCAGACCAAAAACGUCGCCACUGGAUAUCAAGCACACUGACUCUAUUGGGAAGCCUGAUAGCGUUGAUCAUUGCGGUGUACCAGCUGCGUUUCGCCUUUCCAUUUCUCAGAAAAGGUGCAGACAAUAUGGUCUCUGUGAGCAGCUCACGGCCGUAUUCCUCAGGCUCUUCUGGCGCUGGAACAACAGAAUCAACUGCAGCAGCAUUCCCCGGGAGUUUAAAAGGGACUGAAGGGGCAAAGGUUGCGGGGAAGCGUCACUGGGUGGUUGGAGCAUAUGUACUUAUUUUAUCCUUGGUGUGUCCUGCGCUCUUCAUCCGGCUCCAGCAGUGCCUACGGGGCCUCUGUCGGUGGCUGUGGGUUGAGAGAUCGAACUCCUUACCGACACAUUCAUCAGUGGAAGAGGAGUUCGCUGAGCUGUAUCGAUUGAAGGGGGAGUCCUUGUGGGCUACAGAAGAUUUCCAGCUCUCCAAUCCUGUAAUUGCAACUGCAAUCAGAAAAAGUCUUGCUGACUACAGGAGCCUAGACACUACAACCCAGCAGUCUGCAUUCGCUGCCUUCUUCUACCUUGCGGUGCAGAGUCAUAUACGACAGGUUGCUUUUUCUGCGUACGUAAAUGCAUGCGAUGCCCUACACGCUAAAGUUGAACAGAGUGUGCCAGUGAGUAAUAACGAGUUGACCGCAGUUCUGCAGCAACAAAACGCCCUUCGAAAGCAGUAUAGAAGGAUGGUUGAGCAGGUGAGCGUCGUUCUCGACGAAAAGAACCUGCCCAUUGGUCUUUGCGAGCAAGAAAUGGAAUUCCUCAUUCGGGACUUCCGCCCAGCGCUUCUGGAGCUCGGUCAGCGCACAAUAUACAGCCUAGACAUGGACCGCAAGUUUUUAGAGUCCUCAAUCAAAGAAAAUCGCAUAGCUGAAAUGUCUUCCUAUGGUGAACAGACAAGAUCAGAGGGCGAUAUGAUGUCAGUGGACACUGUUCCAAAAAAUCCAAAACUUCAGGAUCCAGGGGAAGAACUGGAGGACGAGUUGGAUAGUGGAAGGGCAGAGAGGCCUGUGCUCGAUGAUUUGACCUCAAGGGAAGAAAGGGAUGAGUUGCUGGUGAACGAAACCAAAUUCUGGGAAGCCAGGAGGAGGCUCACGAACUAUAGGAGAGAUACGUUCCAGCCCCAUGUACCAGACUUUGAUCGCUGCAUUCUUCCGGAACUGCCACUUUCCUUGUUUGCUUACUGA